AUGGGAAGAGCUAUUAAGACCAAGAAAUUGAAUCCCCAUUUUAUUGGACCGUUUGAGAUCCUGAAGAGAAUUGGGCCAGUAGCUUAUAGAAUUGCCUUACCGCCAUAUCUUUCAAAUUUGCUCGACAUGUUUCAUGUAUCACAGCUUCAGAAGUAUACUCCUGAUGUAAGUCAUGUUCGAGAACCAGAACCAAUCCAAGUGAGAGAAGAUCCAACGCUUCCACUAAUUCUGGUAAGAAUUGACGACACUGGUGUUAAACGAUUACGAGAAAAGGAAGUAUCAUUAGUAAAAGUAGCUUGGAGUUGA